ACGAAAAUUAGGGUCUAUAAAAUAUUAAGGUCGGAAAAGAAAAUAACCUAUAACAUCACUCUUUGCAAAUUGUGUUCAUUUUUUUUAAAUUUCUUUUUGAUACAUAAACAAAACCUAGGUAAGGUUUAUAGCUAGCAACAUUAAGUAAUGACGUCUAUUUUUGUUGUUGUCAUUAGCUACUGUCGUAUAUGCUCUAAUGAAUGUCCAGGAUGUUCAUUUUAUCUUCGAAAUUUGUAAGGAAAGCUUCAUUAGAGAGAGGCAUUUAUUAAAAAACUACGAUAUUUAAAUAUUCUUUUCUCGUCAUAUCUAUAAUUUUAUUAUAAUACAAAUAAACCGCUUGAACGAGAAAAGCUCUAAUACAAGCCCCGUUUUGACUGAUAAGGAGUGUUUUUAGAGACAGGUGUUUAUUAGAGACCUGGUGUUUAUUAAUUUUUUUUAAUAGUUUAGGAAGGAGUUUAUUUUAGACAGACGUUUAAUAGAGACGGGGCGUUUAUUAAAAUCAUUAUCUAAAUUAUUAAAAAGUUUUGAAACGAAUCAAAUUAUUUUUUAGUUCCAAGUGACCAAAUUUUCAAUAGGUGAUUAUAAUUAAGGUCGUGGCAAUAUCAAAGCGGACGAAAAUUAAACGGACAAAAGUUGACGCGGUAACUAAACUGCAAAACAAAAUCUUCGUCACUAUCAUUCGUUUAAAUUAUGGGCGCCUUUCCUUUAUUAAAUUAGUCAGGCUCGGACGGGUUGAUUUUUAUAAACCGUAGCUUAAACCAUAGACCGAUAACACGGGUAAUAAACUCUAAUUUGUAAAAAAUAUUUUUAUCUAUAUCGCGUUCAAAUUAGUUUUACCGUUGGACAAUGAAACGUCAAUAAAUUGUUGACGUCAUAUAAUCCGCGGCUUACAGAGAUCAUUAAAAAUUGCAAUUUUGAAGAUCUGUAGAUUCUGCUGAUAUGUGACCGGUUUGUGGUGAGGUAGCAUGCAAUAAUUGACGACAAUGUGUUAGACGUGGAAAUAAAAGUCUUGAAAUUUAGUUAUGAGCUGGUGUUGACGGUUGUUGAUUAGAUAUUUGACGCAACACAUAAAGUAUGAACCCUAAAAAGAAAAUCGACAUUGUAAUUAUUGGAGCUGGCAUAUCAGGUUUGACAUGCGCGAGGGAAUUAUCAAAACAUUCGAAUGAAAUUAAUUUAACAAUAUUAGAAUCAACCGACCGUAUCGGUGGAAGAGUAAAAUCUAUCAUAUCGAAAGAUGGUAUAGCGCUGGAGCUUGGUGCUGAGCAUAUUCAUGGUCCAAAGGGGAAUCCGGUUUUUAAUUUCGCUUAUGAGAAAGGAAUUGUGCGAGAUGUGUCUUCACGACAAGGGGCUUUCAAAGACAUAAGAGUUCUGCAUUGUUUCCACAAAGAUGUUUUAUCGCGUUGUACUGGUGAUGAACUGUAUAGCGCCUUAGCAGAAGGCACUCACUUGGUUUAUAAUUUUCACGACACAAUUGAAGAAAUAAAGAACGAGAACGAACUUGACGAAUAUAAAUCCGUAGGAGAGGUCUUCUCCAAGGUUGCACAGGAAAAGCUUGUGAAAUUUAAAGACAACGUAGGUUCUUCCAAAGCUUUUAAGAGCGUCUUGACAUCUAGAAUGAAUGCCGAAGCUCAACAUAACGGUUGCGAAAACUUAUUCGAUCUGGAUCUAAAAUUGUACACCAUGUUCGAGCACCUGGAAGGAGAUAUUCAAUUUAAACUACCCAAUGGUUUUUCAGAGAUUGCAGACUCUGUCGCAGUUGACAUUAAUCCGAAAUGCUUUAGAUUUAACCACGAAGUGAUAAAAAUAGAACACAGUCAGUCUCUACUGAAAGUAACAUGCGCGAACGGAGAGGUUUUUCAUGCGCAUAAUGUUGUCGUAACGGUGUCUGUUGAAGUUUUGAAACGAUUUGUCAAGCAUAACGUGUUUUCUCCAUCACUGCCAAGCAAGAAAGUUAACUCGAUACAAAAACUUUCCCUUGGGCAGUUGGAAAAGAUUUACUUCAGAUUUUCAAACCCGUUACCUAAAGAGGUAAAUCUCAUUUUGUUUUACCCUUCCACGGACAAAGAUGUUGACAAAUACAGUAAAGUAUUAGGUCUUCAACGUUUUCGUGAAAGCAACUGGUGGAUGUUAUGGUUAACCAGUCAUCUACUAAAUAAACUGAAAAAUUCAGAUCCGGUCAGUUUUCUUUCCGAGUUGCUUACAAAACUAAAACACCGAUAUCCGUCUCUCCCGAGCACAGAUUUUGAACAUGAGAGUGUUUUAGUGAGUGACUGGACACGCAACAGCAAUUUUGGUGGUACUUGGGGUGUCCUGAAGACUGGAACGACUGAGCGUGAUGUGAGGAAUUUAGCCGAACCAAUUUUUUAUAACCACUUAGAAUAUCCUACGAGUUUAACGUUUGCUGGCGAGAUGACGCAUUGUAGUUUUUACGCCACGACACAUGCCGCCUUUUUGAGUGGCGUAAGGGAAGCAAAAUUUAUAGUUUCUCGUUAUAAUUUGUAAAUAUUUUACGCACAUUUUCUAUUUUAUUUUAUUUUAAUUAUUUAUUUAUCUCUUCUGUACUUUCUAAGCGCAAUUUAUCUUCUAUUAUUCCGGACUCGAUUAUCCAGUCUAGUUAAAAAAUAUAUAGUUUCACCAGAUUA